GCAUACGCCGAGUAGGAGCAACAGCAGAGAAACAAGACGCCAGCCGGGAACUUUGUCCGACCGCGGGAGAGAGAAAAUAAUAAGUGUGGGCGAGCGACAAGCACAAGAUCGUCAUAACUCGUGUGAGGAAUGAGUGAAUAAGAAGAACCUCGUGUGUAAAGUGGAAAACAUCUUAUUGAGAAAACAGCACACCACUUGUUGAAGGGGAGGAUAAUAAACGGGACGUGCAUUUUGAAAGGCGUAAUAUAAGGAUCUUGCUUGCGUGUGCUUUUUAUUAACUUGUGACGGUGUAGGGAUUCGGUUCGCCUUUGAAGAGCUGCUGAUUGUUUGUUCGUUUCGAUUUUUUGGGGGGAGAGGUAGAUUUCAAAAGAUUGUCUUCACCUUGCACGUUGGAGUGUAACAAAUCACAGUCCACCAAGUCCAGUGGAGAAACUCAAGAGCUUGGCAAAGCAAUUUAGCCGCUUCUAUACGGACGAGAUGAAAGCUGACAAGAGCGCACAUGGAUUUCGUCUUGUGCUUCUCGGAAAUGAUGGAGUUGGAAAAUCUGCGAUCGCAGUUCGAUUUCUCUGUGGGAGAUAUCUGCACGAGUACGACCCAACAUUAGAAAGUCGGUAUGAGAAGCUGGAGACAGUGGACGGUAAGAUGACAAGAAUAGAAAUCUUCGACACAGCAGGACAGACAAAUCUUGAAGAUUAUCUUCAGUCAGCAGACGCCGUCAUGUUCGUCUAUUCCAUCACGGACAGAUCCAGUUUUGAAGCCGCAAAAUUCUUCCGCGAGCGUCUUCAGUCCUCCCUCAAGUCACACCUACCCAUUCUCCUCGUUGGCAACAAACGUGAGCUUGAACAAGGCCGUAAGGUGACGUACAAAGAAGGGUACUUUCUUGCCAGGGGGGCCGGCUGGAAGUUCCAUGAACUCUCGGCUGCCACAGACAGCGUCAGCCUCAAGGAGACCAUCCUUGAGUUUGUCAGAGAUGCGCAGACGGAGCUGAGGAGGUUAAAGGUCAAGAAAGGGUGGAACAUCCGGCGAGCCGUGAGCGUUCUCUACGGACAUUCCAAGACAAAUCCUAAAGAGGAGGCAAAUAACAGUGACGAUGAACCCGUCUUCACGACGCAACACAGCACGAAAAUGUUUCAGAGACGGCAAACAUGCCCGAGUUUAUGAGAUCCUAAAACUAUCAGCAGAGACUCUUUGACAAACGCGCCUUGUUAAACUUGCGCGCACUGUAUUUUCCCGUAUAUGACGACGCUCGCAGGAGCAAAUAGCCCUACAACCCCCUCUCUUGGCGGUUUGAAGUAACGACGAGUUGUCCGCUGUGAUUGGCUACUGUUGCCCAUGACACCACCAACGGGAUCUAAACAACGUAGGGUGUAUAUUCUGACAAGACACAAUGGUGCUAAAAAUUGUAAAUAAUAUCCGAGUGGUCUCAAAGUGUGACUGUUAUUUAUUAAAACAAAUAUUUUGCAAUAGUUUUGUUUUAAGACAGAAGCCAUUGAAAGAAAUGGCAAUUUGAUUUGUUGUAUAUUGUAUGUAAAAAAAAGUAUACUUGUAAAUAUUGUUUGACAUAUUUGUACACAGAGUGCAAAGUUAUUUUAUGUCUUGGUAAUGCGACUUUGAUUUAGGAUGAUUUUAUCAAUUAUCCAGAUGAUUAUAAUGCAAAUUUUACGAUGUGGUCUCUUUUUAUUUAAAGGACUGAAAUCUGAGAUGGAGAGGGGAGGAGAUUUGCAGGGCAGGGUAUGGAGGAGGGGAGAGAUUGAGGGGAUGACAAACAAAGGUGUUUUGUUUAUCGCUUCUCUCGUGGAAAGAAUAUCUCAAAAUGCUCGCGAAAAUUAGGCUCACCAGCGUGACAAUCUGAGAGAUACUUUGUUUUGUUGGUUUUCAUGUAGUUUUCUUCGAUUUGUCUUGUUAAUACAUUUUGUUCGUUGGAUAACACGUUUUUUUUGUUAUGUGGUGCUUUUUAUCUUUAGUUUUAUUUUGUUAUUCUGUUGUUUUCCUUUGUUUAUGGAAAAGCGUGUUUGUUGGAUUAGUGUUGGUUAUAUAUGAUUUGUGAACCUCUGACUUAAUAUCAAAACAUAUGUUGGUCUCGCUGAUGGAGAAAGUCCAUUGUUGCUACAACGUCUAAACAAGUGACAGUCACUUUAUGUUACUUCUGCGAUAUUUGGCCGAACGAAAGUCCUUCAAAGUGUUUGCCUGUGAAUUAACGAAAUGUUGUUUAUCAAAGAUUUACACAUGGCGAGGUUUAUAAUGUGCAGGGUCGUAUACUGUAUAUACAUACCUUAGGCCGAGUCUAUGGCCCUUUUCGAAACUAUGGCUUUGUCUUGGGAUCCGUUCGCGUAGUCUGAAACCCUGUGUCAGGAAAGUGUACGUCUUACUUAAUAACUGGUGAACCCUGAGUCAAAUACCAAGCCGUGGUUUCGAAAACGGCAUGUGAGGCAGACAUGACGUCAUAACGUUGUUCUAAAUGCCACCCAUAUAAGAAUGUUAUUCAGUUUAGCCUAAGCAUUCGAAGUUCGACUGUAACUGGCGAUCUUUUUAAUGGCAUAAUGGCUAAAAUAUACACGCGUAAUAAAUACAAUGUCUUCAAAGUCCCAAGGUUUUAUUUAAACUGAUUGUAAAGCAAAAGCAUUUGUUGAUUUUGUCUUGUUGUUUUGCUUUUCAAAAUUUUAAGUUAUUUGGAUGGUGUUUUUAUGUACUUUUGUUCCUCCCACACGGAGAUGUUGUUUACAUGAUAUUUCACUAAUAUACUAUUAUUCAUGAAUUCUAAGCGUUUUUAUGUAAAUUCGCCCCCACAUGCAAUUCCUCUGCCUUGACAUUUUACUUUGAUCUUUGUAUUGUGGACAAAGACUUAUUCACAGAAACCCAGACACGUAUAAUGGUCUUCUCGACUUAUUCCGUCUUAAUCCGAAUUACAUUAACCUUUUCUGCAACAAAUAAUUGGUACCCCAACUUGUAGAGAGAAUCUAAUAUGACUUUAAGAUGUGAUUGCAAUCUUAACAAUGCCCUUUUCAUUGACUUCUGUAAUUAUUUUGCCCCCAAUACAUCAUCAUAUUCCAUCUUGUUGUGGUCAUGCAAAUACUGACUUUUAUUGUCAAUGAAUUACUCCUUAGAAUGUAAUAAAUAUUAUACAUCACUGCAGGGUGUCUUUGCUUUAUCUGAUUGGUUAAACCCCAAGGGGGUUGGGUCAGAACGAGCAAUAGUGUUGACAGACCGAGUGUUGUUCCACAUUUUGGCGGGAACACUUUGUUCAACAAU